CCAGAGCAGAGAACGUAAAUAUCAUAUCUAGUUCCCUAUAUCCAAAUGAGCAAUUAUCAUUUUCUCGCAGUAGGGCAUCGAGGCCCGAGAGGAAAGGAGAAAAGAAUAAAAGAAACACCAAAAUCGUCGAGACUGCACAGUUCCCUUUCGCAAAAAGGAGCUUCGUAAAAAAAGAAAAAGAAAAUGCCCGUAGAAACAACCAUCUCGACACCCCUCCCCGCCGGCGUGCAGCCCAGCGUCGUCGUCGCACAGCUGCACAACCACGAGAUCUACAUCCGAACCACCUGUCCACAACUCAUAAGUUACAGCCGAAUCUCACCACCACCACAAUCUACUACUACUCUUACUACUACUCUCCUCCUUCCCCUCUCCUCCGACUCCUCCAAAUCCUCCGACUCCGACUCCAACCCCAACGUCGCACCCGUCGACGAGCCCCACGCCUUCCAAGUCACGGACCGGCGACCCACCGGGCAGACGACGUACCGGCUGACGCUGACCAACCGGGCCGAGGGCAUCGACGCCGCGGUCGACGGCAAGGCGCCGACGGGGUCCAUGGCCAUCCGCGCGCGGUGGCGCGUGCGCGUGCGCGGCGACGCGGGCCUGCUCGAGGAACACGUCGACAUCGAGAGUAACAUGAUCACCAAGAAGCUGGUCAAGAGUAACAUCGAACGCAGCCACCCAGCGUACCAUCGGAGUUUUCUCGCCGAGGCGGCUAAGGCGUCGUGAAUUGAUAUUUCAGUAUUGCCUGCUGCUACUGUUACUACUACUACUACUACUAGGUACUACUUGGUGUACUUGGUGGUGUACUUGUGCGCCGUAUGAUGAGAUGUACAUAUAUACCGUGGGAGGUUUUGUUCUAGAAAGGAG